AUGGGCGGGUACUCGUACGGUACGGGAGACUUAGCCGUCAGUCCUGAAGAGAUAUCCCCCUAUGCAACCACACAAAUGGUCUCGCUGGAAGUCGGGCCAGAAGCGACCCGGUUCCUGGUUCACGACAGCGUCUUAAGCCGCAGCGAGGUUCUUGCCGCAAAGUCUUAUCCGGUGGCUUUCGUGAAGCAGUCCGUACUUCUACCAGAACUGGAUCAGAACACGGCGCACACUUUGGUACACUACUUGUAUACCGGCAAGUACCAGAGUCUUAGCACUGUGGCGUCAUCCGACAAGGCCAUACCUGAGGUUUACAAGCUGGGUGCUGGUGUAUACUGCGCUGCCGCUCGCUAUAAGCUACCAGGCCUUGCCGAGCUGGCCCAGAACAAGCUGAAGUCUCUCGAUGAAGAAAUGAGCAUUUUCGAUAUACUUACCGUAGCAAGAGAUCAUGCAUUCCCUUUACUACCAGAAGACGAUGUAUGGUAUCCAAGCUACGUUGAAGAUUCGCUUAACAACGCCAUGGCGGACGACCCGGAGCCUUUCCGAAAGCCGGAUUUCAUUACGACGGUAGAGGGUAACAGCAAGCUCCUGCAGCUCGUCUGGAAGACAGUGAUGAGCAACUACGCCCGUGCACCGGCAACGCCGUUGGUCGACAAUGAUGAAGCCACUACUCCAACAGCUGAACUCGUGCCGGAGUUACAGGAAUCGAUUGGUGGUGAAGAUGCUGUUUCUGCAGUUGAGCCAGUGAAGGCUGACGAAGCACAUGAAUCUAUCGUGGAACCUGUGCCAGCGCCUGCUUUGAGAGAGGAAGCUGCGGAGGCGCCGGCUGUAGACGACACGAUCGUUUCGAAGCCCACCAAGGAAGAUGCUCCAGAGGUAGAAGUCGCUCAACUCAAAAUGGAAAAGCCAGGAACGCUUGAGCCUUUCACGGACGAGUUGGACUUCAAGUCGUCAAAAACGUACCAGCAGAUGGGCAACAAGAAGCCAGAACAAGUCAAGACUAGCAGUAUCUCUUCAGCCGAAACCAAAGCACCUACUCACGUACGUUCGGACUCAGUGAUACAGGCCGAGCAGCCGUUGGUAACUCCUGUUGACGGAGAGAGGAAGACCGAUGGUGCUGCUCUAUUGGCAGAUGAAUCCGAGCGAGUAGUAUUGGCCGAGCAGGGAGAUUCGAAUGACUUGAAAGACCUUGUCACACAAAGCAAAAAGAAGAAGAACACCAAGAAGAGCAAGAAGUCGAAGCCGGUCGCUGUGGAGUAA